ACCUUCGCGUGGCGAUAUUAUUGGCGGCGGCUUGAACUUGGUUUGACGUUGCAGUUUUGUGUUUGGAAUGGCCGUACGUUUAGGCCGAAAAAAGUCCAAGAACCCUUCCUAUUUUUCUCACGAGUUCAUCAUUACGAACCAUGGCGAUAUAGUGAGCUUUUUGGCGAUGAUAAUUAUUAUGGGACUAUUGUACAAGGGAACACACACUCUUUCUUCCAACUUUCUAUUCGUACAGCACAAUGUGACGGACGAAGACCAUCCGUCGCGUACUCCCUUGUAUAGUCCCGGUCGGAGCGAUUUCUGCAUCAUCUUCUUUUACACCCUCAUGUGCAUUGUUGCACACGCUGUUGUGCAAGAAUAUGUGUUCGACCGAUUUUCGAAAAAGCUGAACUUGACUAAAAUUCGCCUUGGAAAGUUCAACGAGUCGGCUCACCUCGCUUAUUUCUACGCAAUUUCGGUGUUUUGGGGAGUCUACAAUGUAGUAACAGAGGCGCUUGUACCGAGCUUAAGUAGUCUUUGGGAGGGAUAUCCUCAUCAUUUGAUGCCAUUUUGGACAAAACUUUUUCUGAUUAUUCAAAUUUGCUUCUGGCUUCACGAUUUCCCUGAGCUGUAUUUUCAGCGUGUGAAGAAGGAACUGAUUCCUUCACGUAUCUUGCAUGCCGCUAUAUUCCUAUGCGGUGUUGGUUUGGCGUAUUUAGGGGGGCUGUUCAAACUAUGCCUCAUACUUUUAAUCCUUCACUACUCAACUGACUUCUUCCUCCACGCAGCCAGGGCGUUGCAUCUAGCGGAGCACACCAAUAUCGCUUCUGUUGGAUUUGCAAUCUGGAACGUUCUCUUUAUACCCGUUCGGAUGGCCUGUAUCAUACUCCCAUUUUUAGUUAUUCACUACGGUCUUGGGAGACAAAGUGUGGAGUUUGUUGAUUUAUCCACGGGCAAUUUUAAUACACCCUCUAUACGGAUGUCUGCGCUGGCCUUCCUAUUCAUUUCGCAAGCGUAUAUGGUGUGGAAUUUCAUUACAUUUCACCAGAGGUCACGGCGAGACAGAACUUCAAAAUCCGGAUGGUUCAGCUUGGGUCAGGACGGGAGCAACGCAAAACGAAAGGAGAAGAAAAAAGCUGCUAAACGCGAAGAUGACGACGGCAGUGACAGUAUGUUAAUGGAUACCAGCGACCAGAACAACCAUAAAGACCUUCGCCGUCGUAGGAUGAACGCCAAGACACGCGGCCAAUAGGGAAGAUUGGAAUAUGGGUCCUACUUUCUUGCUUUGAUAUUCUGUUACACAUUUGUGUGCUGUACUAUGAUUUCGUCAAGUGCCUCAAGUAUCCUACUCUCUCUCUUCCAUUUAACGCUCUUUGUGGUCUGCUAUCGUACCUACUGUGUCUUGCUGCUCUGAUUGUCAACAGAUGGUUUUCUUUCCGGAUUGUUCUUAUCACAUUUUUACUCCGGCUGCGGCUUCAGUGUACUUUGUCAACCUAUGUACAGUUCAAUUGUCCAGCUUCUAGUCUAUGCGCGUUACGCAACCAUGGGUUUUCCGAAACGCGAUGCACGUGCCCCUUCCCAGUGGUUUUUCUCUUCUGUUCGUUAUCCCCUUACUGUAUGCUGUUGUAAAGAUCAGCUUCGAAUAUGGU